AUGAAACCUCAAGUCUUUGGUUCCGAAAUGAUGAACGAUACGUCUAAACCUGAUCGUCCUCAUGCUGGAUCCAUACCACGGACUAAGCCCGUCGAUGGCGUAUCUCGAGGGAAAUUGAUCCCUGAAAGGCAUAGUACCAAUCCAGCUGGAGCUAGAAGCGGUUACGAUCGACAAGGUGGUGAAGGGGUGGGAGUAGAGGAUAUCUUGGUGGAGACAAUAAGGCAGGUCAAGGUAGAUUGUUCCCUCCUUCACAUUUCAGAAAAUAUCGGAGCGGAUACACAUUAG